GGCGAGGAGGCACUCGGUCUGGCUUCGUGGAGGACUAUACAGCAGUCCGUUCAGUUUUGCAGAGCCAGGAAUUCAAUCCAGCAGAAGUACCUGAACGAGUUGCGAAACUUCCCUGACGUAGCGGAUGCCGGUUUGUCCGUCAUACAGUUGCCGUUGCUCCCCUAUGAGGUUACUGGUGUAACCAGUCUGCUCAACUUCAGCCAGAUGCUACUGCCUCAGGGAUACCGACAAGGCAGCGCUCCUCCGAUACCUCUGGUGGACAGGAUAAGUGUUCGGGAAGAGCUGUAUGUCGACUCGUGUUCAUUCAUGGAUGGUGACCGAGUGGUGGUUACGGGUCUGGCGAAGGCCCAACACUACAAUGGCAAGCCCGCCGAAGUCAUCAAGGUCACCGACGAUGGGCGUGUGGCUGUGCGAGUGGAGGUCGGAGCCAAGAAGUACAAGAUGCUUUCGCUGAAGCAAGAGAACCUCAAGCUUGCUGACGACUAUGAGUCGACUUCCGAGAACCCCCGUUUUCUCUAGUUUGACAAAAUACCACUACUAUAGCAGUAGCUGCGUGGUAAAAUACAC